AGAUUUAAAAAAUGAAAUCCUCAGCAGUCGUCAUCGCCAUCUUUCUUAUCUGUUUUGGUUCCCGAAUAAUCGAUAGUAUCGAUACUGUUACAUAUCCUGGUUAUGGUACAUUUACAAGUAAUGAUUUUAAACAUCCAAUAUAUCGACCGAUUGUUUUUGUUCCUGAAUCACCCGAUAAAAUCGGACCAUUAUUUUUACUUUAUACACGUCAAAAUAAUGAAUCACAACGAUUAGAUUUGAACGAUACCCGGCUACAGCUGGAACAAGCUGGUUUUAACCCAAAAAAUCCAACAUGGAUUCUAAUACAUGGUUUUAAUUUUCAUUCAUUAAAACCAUGGAUGAAUAUUUGUAAAGAUCGGCUAUUAAAAUCAUCAGAUUUUAAUGUUAUUUUAGUUGAUUCAAGACAUUCGGAAAAAGGUGUAUCAUAUCCACGUGCUGUAUCCAAUAUUCGUAUUGUUGGUAUUAUGAUCGGGAAACUUAUUGAACAAAUUUCCCAGGAAUUUUCCAAUGAUAAUCCCGGAACAUUUACAUUGGUUGGACAUUCAUUGGGUGCACAUAUUGCUGGUUAUGCUGGAAAAUAUUUGAAUGGAACUAUCGAUAGAAUUUAUGGCCUUGAUCCAGCUGGACCAUUUUUUAAAAAUCAUCCUGACCAUCGAUCAAGAUUAUGGCAUACAGAUGCUCAAUUUGUAUUCAAUUUACAUACAAAUGGUGGUUCAAUAUUUAAAUUAUCAUCAGGUAUGAUGGAUACUUGUGGUCAUGUGGAUCUUUUUAUGAAUAAUGGUCAUCAACAACCUGGUUGUCCGAAGGAAAUUCAAAAUGAUUUAACAUUCAAUUCCUGUCAUCAUCGUCGUGCAUUAUGGUUAAUGAUUGAAGCCAUAACACCUGAUAAUGAUCAGCAACCAAAACCAAUUGGUUAUGAUUGUGAUUCAUGGCAAUCAUUUGAACAAGGUGAAUGUAUCAGGGAUUGUAAUGCUGAUCCAUUCAAUUGCGUAAGACUAGAUCCAUUGAACGAUGGCCGAAAUCAAUCGAUUGAAAAGAAUUUAUUAUUAAAUUCAAUUACAACCGGUCGUCGUUAUUUUAUGGUCACUGGAAAUGAAGAGAAAUUUUUCCGUUAUCAAUAUUUAAUCAAAUUCAAUAUGAAAUAUGGUUCAAAUCAAUUUUCCGGUUUGGAUCCUGUUUUACGUCGUAUAACAUUACGUAUAAGAAAUCCAAAAAAUGAUCGUUAUGAAUAUAUUGAUUUGACUGAUUGGUCACAACCAUAUGUCGAUAUUGGUAAAAGUUAUGCAAUAUCAUUAUACAGUACUCUUGAAAUGAUGAAAAAUAAUCUGGAAAUCCGAUGGGAACGUUUUCUUUGGUUUAAACGUCAACGUAUGUUUAUCAAUAGUAUUACUAUUACAAGUUUAUCUUGUAAAAACUGUGUUUGGCCAACACCGACACAAAUCGAAAUGAUACCGGUAUCCAAUGGAAAUGAUACAACUAAUAAUGGUAUUAUUAAUGAUGAAUGGACAACAUUUCGAUUGAUUUGAUU